AUGCUUCCACGCAAGGAGUGGCUUCUUUGUCUCCAGCCAUGCCGCUGUGGGAGUCCUCCAUGCCCUACAUCCUCGUGCUUGUAUACCAUGUUCAAGGAGGACCACCAAGGGAUCCUGGAUCGCUUCACCCAUGCGGAUUGGUCCACUUCGGAGGCGCUUUUGAAAGAGUAUGGCCAGAUUCUGAUGGAUGACUAUGCCAACAGUUACUACAUGCUCGAAGCGUUGAACGCAGAGAUGAAAGGUGACAGGCCGCUGAUGCAGAAGUUGGUGCGCCAGGGGCAGAUUCUCUCGCAGAUCCAUCAGCUGGCUGCGCCCAUGAAGCGGCCGCCGCGGGACUUGGUGCCACGCUUCUUUGAGCGUUUUGACCACGAGGCCUCACGUGCCGCCUUCGAAGAAGGGGUCCGGCACUUCGAGAAGAACCUCGUGCAGCGAGCCGUGGACAAGAGAAACGAGGAGGCCGCCAAGGAGAAGGAAGCGGCGGCGACGCAGGGGUACGAAGCGAAGCCGCUGGUCGAGGCCAUGUACGACCUGAGCAAGGAGGAGCGGAUCAAGAUGUCUCCAGGGAACCUUGAUCCGGUGGAAGUCUUUGAAAGUUUGCCCGAAAAGCUGCAGCAAUGUUUCAAGACAGGUGACAUUGAGCUCUUGAAACAGGUGGCGGAGGAGAUGCCGGAGGAGGAGUUUGAGGAGCACUUUCAACGAACCAUCGACUCCGGGCUGUGGCGUCCAGGGUGA